AAGUGUAUUAACUGGAAAAUCAUUUCCAGAAACAUGGCGGCACCUGUUAGCAACAAUUCAGAUUGCUGGGGCGUCCCAGAGGUUUAUAAACAUCACGAACAGCGAAAAGUAUGCAUUUCUCGACCAAAAUAUAGAGAGGGGCGGGCAGCGAAAGCUGUUAAGGUCUACACCAUCAACUUAGAGUCUCGUUACGUGAUGGUUCAAGGGGUCCCAGCCAUAGGAGUGAUGCCAGAGCUGAUCCAGCUGUGCGCCCUGUACGGAACUGUGGAGGAGUACCGGCCCCUGGACGAAUACCCUGCUGAGGAGUUCACCGAGGUCUAUCUUGUCAAGUUCCAGAAACUCACAAGUGCCAGAGCAGCCAAACGACACAUGGAUGACAAGAGUUUCUAUGGUGGUGUGCUUCAUGUGUGCUACGUCCCUGAAUAUGAGACUGUGGAAGACACCAGGCUAAAGCUGCAGGACAGGAGAAGAUAUGUAAUCAGAGCUGUUCAAAAUAAAGCAAGAGAAAAGGAACAGAAGGAGGCAGUAAACAAUGAACGCACAUCAUCAGACAACACCAGUACAUCAGAGGUGAUUAUCACUGGACUUGAUAAAACCUCUGACAAUGAAAACAACGGGGAGACUUCACACAUCGGCCAUUUCUCAGGAUUUCCUCUACUGCCAUUACCUCCCCAGGAAUAUCAUUACUAUGGACAUAAAAAUCAGCGUGUGACUACACCAACAGAGGACAAAAUGGGGACAUUACACAAUGCUGUCAUUGAUGCAAAACAGCAGCCACUGCCGAGUUCAAGCUCCAGCCAAACCUCUUCAGACAGAGGGACAGAGCACAAACUGACCUCAAGUCAGUCUCCUGCAGUCAGAUUUGUCCCAAGGACCACACACUUGGAGAACAGAAAACGCAAGAUGGAGGAGGCUGUAGAACACCCACUAUCUGAUGCUGCUGGGAACAAAGAGCCACUUAUUGGGCCAAAGUUACCAGAACCACCUAAACUAGACAUGGAGGAUGAGUCACUGAACACAACUGUAAGACUGAUCAGGAGCACAAUGAAGCAGGUGGAAUCGGUUCCCGACCUGAAACCAGUGGAGAAAAAGGUGAAACCACGUCGUCGGAUUUGACCAAACGGGCUGCCUUGUUGCUGGACUUUACACAGAGACAAUACUGAUGCUACUUUGAAAAAUGACCAUGUGAACAGUUU